CAGAGGAGAGGGCUGGGUCCGGCCGCGGGGCCCGCCGGCUGCACGCAGGCUUUGUGUGGUCCCGGCGGCGCGCACCGGCUGAGGGAGGCCCGAGGGCCUUGGCGGCUGCGGCUGCGACUUUGGCGUCCGUGAGGGACCCGCCAGGAGCCAGGAUGAGGCGGAGUCCCCGCCCAGGCUCAGUCGCGUCCCCGCACAAGCACACGCCCGACUUCUACAGCGACAACAGCAGCAGCUCAGUGAGCGCCACAUCGGGGGACAGCAGCGGCCACCGGUCAGCUGGGCAGGGGCCCGGGGAGCCCGAGGGCAGAAGAGCCCAGGGCUCGAGCUGCGGUGAGCCCGCCUUGAGCUCAGGAGUGCCCGGAGGAACCACAAGGGCUGGAAGCUCUCGGCAGAAGCCGGCGCCUCGGAGCCACAAUGGGCGGACCGCCUGUGGAGCGGCAACCGUGAGGGGCGGGGCCUCGGGCCUACUUUUUCAGAUGCUGAGCGUGUUGCUAUCCUGGCUAGGAGACGUGCUGGUCAUUGUGUACAGGGAGGUCUGUUCCAUCCGCUUCCUGCUCACCGCUGUUUCACUGCUAAGCCUCUUUCUGACAGCACUCUGGUGGGGCCUCCUGUGUCUGGUUCCUCCUUUGGAGAAUGAACCUAAGGAGAUGCUGACUCUAAGCGAGUACCACGAGCGCGUGCGCUCCCAGGGGCAGCAGCUGCAGCAGCUCCAGGCUGAGCUAGAUAAACUCUACAAGGAGGUGUCUAGCGUUCGCGCAGCCAACAGCGAGAGAGUGGCCGAGCUUGUAUUCCAGAGGCUGAAUGAGGACUUUGUGCAGAAACCCGAUUAUGCGCUGAGCUCUGUAGGAGCCUCCAUCGACCUAGAGAAGACAUCCCACGACUACGAGGAUGCAAACAUUGCCUACUUCUGGAAUCGCUUCAGCUUCUGGAACUACGCGCGGCCACCCACGGUUAUCCUGGAGCCAGAUGUGUUCCCUGGGAAUUGCUGGGCUUUUGCGGGCGACCAGGGCCAGGUGGUGAUCCGGCUGCCAGGUCAUGUGCAGCUGAGCGACAUCACCCUGCAGCACCCACCAGCCAGCGUGGCACACACCGGAGGAGCCAACAGUGCUCCCCGUGAUUUCGCGGUCUAUGGCCUCAAAGUUGAUGAUAAAACUGAAGUUUUCUUGGGGAAAUUCACCUUCGACGUGGAGAAAUCUGAGAUUCAGACAUUCCACCUACAGAAUGACCCUCCAGCUGCCUUUCCCAAGGUGAAAAUCCAGGUUCUAAGCAACUGGGGCCAUCCCCGUUUCACGUGCUUGUACCGAGUCCGAGCCCAUGGCAUGCGAAUCUCAGAGCGGGUAGGGGACAGUGCCACAGUGGGGCCCCAUUAAACUUGCUGAUUGUUGGAGUAGAGUGGAGAUCUGUUCUGAAAGAAGAUGGAUCACUGCUUAAGAGGUGUCUGUUGGGGGGGUCUCUGGUCGCCUUUGGUAUGUAAGUAUGAUGGGGGGGAGUCUACUUCCCAACGUAUCCUCUUUUCUUAGAAAAGUACAGACGGGUAUAGUAGCGGCAGCUUAUGUUUAUAGAGUACUUCCAUGUGCUCUGGACAUUAUACACAUUACCUAACAACCAGACGGGACCACUCAGAUCAGGAUAUUUGCUCAAUGUGACACAGCUAGGGAAGAAUAGUGUCACAGCAGGACCCAAGCCCACCUUCCUCCACAGGCCACCCUCUUUAACUGCAGUCACCCUGAAGCCAUACUUAUGCCCCUCACUCCUACCCCCAACCUCUGGGAAAGUCCCCCGACUCCUGCUAGGUGCAGGUGGAGGGGAAACUACCCCUUUCCCUCAGGUAAACACUCAAAGACUAAGGAGACUUGAGAACCUCUAGGAAGCAUCUGGGUCAGAAUUGAUGGAGCCCCUACUCAGGUUGUUUUUACUGAGACCUGAGUGCCCAACUCUAUGUGAGGCAUGGUACAGAUGGUCUAGUGUUCACCAGGCCUUGCCCUCAAAGAGCCUGAUAGGAGAAAAGAGGAUGCUCUAGGAAACAGGACAAUUCAUUUAAUGAUUCAAGAAUUCUUCAUUUAAAAGUAGAAAUGGAGGAGG